AUGAUUGCGAUCAAAGACUCCAUCGAAACGAUGUUGGUGCGACGUGGGCCCUUUAGCGAUGGCCUAAGCGAACUCGAUUCGGUCACACUGGGCGCUGUCACCAAGCUGCCCUCCUGGACGAGGGGAGGCCUUUGCUGUGGCAAUUCGUGUAGCGCUUCCUCCCGAACUUGGCGUUCGAGCGGUGCAUUGUGUCGUUGUUUGAUGAUGGCCGUGUCCACGGUGGCCCUCAUCUUGCUGCUCUACGUCAGCGUGAACGGGAUCCAGUACGAUCAUGUUGGAGAAGCGGGGGUCGGAGCUGCUGUGACAUUAACUGUAGCACAGUGCCAUGCCAAUGCCACCGCACAACUCACUAAGGAGCAGAAGAAAGUAGGGAGUUGUGACAGACAAUUGGCCUACGGUUUGGCUCGCAUCGAUGCGCAUGAACUCUUGGGCGCCAAGGAUAUCUACGGUUAUCCAGAGCGUACUCCCACCAAAUACGAGGCGGAAAUGGGUUGGACUGCGGAGUGGCGUUUUGGCAUGAGAUGUCCUUCUUUCAGAGCUGCUGUUGACUUGGCCAACUUGCUGGAAAGCAUGUCGGAGAGGCAAACGUUGCUUGAACGGAUCAAGGCGCGUAUGUUUGAAUAUGCGGAUGCCAAUAAUGCCAAUAUACGCGUGAUGAACACUGCCGCGGACUGGAGGUUUUGCAUUGAUGUGGAGAUGGAGCAGGUCUACAACCCUUGGCGGAUGAAAAACAACACGAUACCUCUUUGUAUGCACACCGUUUGA